GGCUGGGAGGAGAAGCCUGCUUCUCCGGCUGUGGAAGGCGUUUUGUGCUUGGCCUAGACAGGCAGGGGGAGGAUUGCCAAAGGCAAAGGCACCUAGCAGUCUGCAAAUCUCCCAAGGGCUCAAUUGGCGACCCUUCAAAGGCCCUGCGGGGCGAGCGGCAGGGAUCCCCGCUGGGUCGGACGCUGACCCCAUUUGCUCACUCUGUUUCCUAGCCCUCCCUUCCCGGUGGGACAUCUGGAAUAGCACACUCUCAGUCUUCAGAUGGUGGCCAGUCCUGGCCCUGUCAGCAACCCCGCACCCCCAGUCAUGAGAAAAUUUGAGGAGGAGGAAAAAAAAGACAAAAACCCGUAUUUGGGAAAGAUGUCAUCCCACUGACUUUCUGGAGCAGAUCCAGUCCCUGCCUCUGAGCGAGUUUCAAAAGUUGUUAAGAAUAAAAACGUGAAAGGAGCGGUCGGCAGGAAACUGGAUGCCUCGGGGUUCACUCGGGGCCCCCUGGGCUGGGUCCUGACCCGCAGGCCAGCCUGCCAGGCUAACUCUGCUAUCCCUUGCCCAAGGCCUUGAGAUACAGGCCUAAUGUGGGGCAGUAGGCUGGGCGCAGUGGGUUUCUGGGAUGGGACCGGGGCUGCAGUUGGAGGGAAGAGUUCAGGGGGCAGUGGCCAGGCUGGGGGCUCAGAGUGCGUGGUGCUCAAUUUGGCCGCCAGGAGGCGUGGCGCGGGUCCCCGCGCCCGGAGUCACCGCCACUGUCGCUGCAUCGCGAGUGUCCUUGAGCGGCGAGUGAUGGUGGCUCUUCGGUGCUCGCGCCCCCUCCUCCCGCAGGGGCAGCCAGAUGCCACGUUCCCUAUGAAUUAUUUAUCGCCGGCCUAAAAAUACCCCGAACUUCACAGCCCCAGAGUAAGAUUCUUGCAAGGGGAGGGGGCGGGGCACCCCGGGGGGCUGAGAGGGAUCAGCCGGGAGGGGGCAGUUAGUAUUGAAAGAGGCAGAACUCGGUUGUCCCCGGUGUGGACAAGAUAGAGGGGGUCUCUCUGCAGGCGACUGGGGCGUUAGCGGGGCAGCGAAGGAAAGCGACACGGUAGAGAGGGUCAUCGCACUGAGGGUCCUCACUGGCAGGAAUCAGCAGCUUGGGUGGAUAAUACUAGCUUUUGGGAACACAGCUUCUGGGCAUUGGGAGUGGGGGAUGUCAUCAGUGUCCCGGGUUAGUGAGUGUGUGUAUGUUUUUGCACGGCCUUGUCAAGGAGCCUGUGUGUGACUGGGGGUUGGUACAAGCGGAAGAGGAGGUCCCUGAACAUGUGGGGUUGAUGGAACCUUUCAGGGGGUGCAGAGUAUUCAAUCUCUUCCCUGUACUUGGGGGCCAGGUGUUCAGCAAACACUACUUUAAAGAUCCAUUGGCAGAGAGAUCGUCAUCAGAAAUGCACAAAGAUCCAGCAAUGGUGAGGGGGUCUGAGGACGGCCCGCUCGGAGCUCCACACCCUGAAGGGAAAGAGCAGCGGGACUCAAACCCUGCCUUUUUCCUGGGGGUCCAGAGAUGAUGGAUCAAGAUUAGCAGCAGAAGCCUAGAGAAGAGGGACUUAGGUUGGGCUCUGAGACAAUAGCAUUUUGUUAGGAAGAGGUUUCUCUGCCCUGAGCAACAGCAGGAAGCAAGGCCAGGAGAUGAAGACAGUGACCCACUAGCAGGGGUGAGUAUCCAAGGAGGAGAAGACAGUGGGGUUGGGGUAGCUUGUUGGACACUGGUAGUUCAACAAGAGAGAAGAUCCCCUGCUUGACACUUGUCACAGGGAGCAAGUUGUAGCGGUUAGGAGGGCAGGAAGCAGAUGGGGAGGAGAGGUUGGGGCCAGGGACAUGAAAUGGACGUAUGCCAUCUUGUGAGGAGAUGCCCUGUCACACUGCUUUGUGAGCUCAGGGACUUGCUGGCUUUCAACUCUUACAACCUGCCUCAGCCUCCCCUUCCUCUUCACCCUUAACCCAGCAGUGUAUUUUCACAGUGGGAGAAAGCCGGCAAGGAGCAGCCUCCCUUCCGGGUCGGGAGAGAACCUGGCCCUUCCCCCAGGCUCACAUCAUCCGAAGGAAAUAAAACAGGAGCCACAUGAACGGUUUUAAAGUGUCUGGCACCAACACGAAUAGAAGAGAAAAGAGCCAGGUGUGAUGGGCACGUACCUUUGAUCUCAGCACCUGGGACACAGAGGCAGGCAGGUUUCUGUGAGUUCUGGUCUGCAUAGUGAAUUCUAGGCCAGCAGGGGCUGCGUACUGAAACCCUACUUCAAAAGAAAUAAAUAGUUAAAUGAAAUGGAAAAAGCAGCAGAUGAAAUUUUAAUGCUAUAGUUUGUUUGUUUAUUAGAUAGGGUUACUCUGUGUAGCCCUGGCUGUCCUGGAACUCACUCCAUAGACCAGGCUGGCCUCAAACUCUCUAGAGAUCUGCCUGCUGGGAAUUAAAGACGUGCACCACCAUGCCUGGCUUAAUAGUAUAGUUUAAUUCGACAUAUGCAAAAUAUUAUUUUGACAAGUAGUGAAUGUAGAAAUAUUAAUGAGAAGAGGGGGCAAGGUGGCUCAGCGGAUAACGAGUUUUCCACAUAAACACGAGGACCGGUUUGGAUUCCCAGAGCUCACGUAAAUGCUGGACGGGCUCUGUAGCUUGCCUGUAAUUCUAGUGCUCUGGGUUCGAAAGAAAUACUCUAUGUUGGUGAAGAAGGUGGGGAGGAAGCCAGGCAGACUUCCGCUGCACGUGUACACACAUACACAUCUGAAUACACACCACACACAUACACACACACACACCACGUGAAAAAAGUAAAAAAAAAAAAAAAAGGAUAUUAUUGAGGUAGCUUACAUACCGUUUUACAUACUUUUCACACCACCUCACUUUACUGAACAUACCUCACUUUACCGAGAAGCAUUUCAGACCUUGUGUGCUUGGGGCUAGUGCAUUGGUCAGCACAGGUGGAGAGAGCCCAUCACCAGCAGGCAGAAGUUGGGGACGCUUGCCUAAAGGAACUGGAUAAGCACGCAGGCCUUCAGAGAGGCAGCGAGCAGGACAGUGAGUGGCCUUCACUGUCAUGCUUGGAAAUUAUAUAGUCCAAAUCACAUGGCAUGGUGUGAUUUGCAAUCUCAUUCCAGACUCAAUUAUGUCUCUGAGCUGCCGUUCGUAGACACAGGGAGCUCUCAAUCCACGGCACUCCUCCCUCUGCCACCGAGCCUCGCUUCUUAGCCUGAACUCCUACUGCCUGGCACGUUAGCUUAAAGCCCUGACCUGUUACAUUUCAUCUCACUGUCAACGACGAAAACAUUGUCAGCUGUUAUCAGCUCCUUGUACCUGUGUGAACAAGUGCUGGAUCCUGAGGUGGGGAGGGAAGUAGGGAUGCCAGGGUCUGAUGGAAAAAGAAGUGAGGCCGAAGGAGCUUGCAGCAGCCUGGUGGUUCUGCAGCAUUGACCCAAAGUUCCUGGGGAACAGGGACCAUGUCUCCCUUGUGUUAAUGUCUUAGCAUCCAGCAACUCAUUCCCAGAAGGGGAUCUGCACACGUGUGUACUGGAAAGUUUUCUUUUGUGGUCUCCUUCAGAGCUGCCUUGUCAGCAAAGACAAGAGGUUUCUGUCACACCCCCUGAGGAUCCCUGAAUUUCCUUGCCCUGUUUCCUUAGAGAGAGCUGGAGACUCCUGAGGGAAGCCUUUGUGGGGUGUCCCAUAAGAAAUUAGACUUGGAGCUAAAGGAAGAGAUGUAGUGGUCUGCAGAGCGGAGGAAAGAAAGGUCUGGAAGAAACCAGGGAUGCCCUUGUGAGUUCCUAAGCCCCAGCAAAAGUCUGCAAAUCUCCUGCCUGGGGGCUGGAACAGCAGGCCCACUUGGAUGCUUCGACCCUCCCUGGUUAGUUUUGUUAGGAGUGGGAGGAAGCUGGAAAGAGUGGUCAUGAACUGCAUCUGCAGGCAUCCAAGAGUCAUGUUUCUCUUACCUGCUUAGCUCUUGGUCUUGAUCCAGGAUGAAUCUGUGUAGCAGACACACUCAGGCCCUUAGGUUAGGUGUAAAAAAAAUUCUAUACACCAGCAAUGGUAUAUAAAAUAGUGUGUGUAAGUCAGACACCUCAGGGCUUCGGGUGCCCUGAACCCAAGCGAGCUGGCCUUGACCACCCUGCUUUAGAGGGUUGUCUAAAUGAGCUCGCUGAGGGGAAGGUGGUAAUGCCAUCCAAGCUCUGAAGGAGGAGGAUCUGCCAGGCAGAGCCACGCAGCAGAAGCUCAGGGGCUGUCUGUGGUAAGCAGGCUAGGCUGAGCACUAAGUACGCACUCUGAUGAGGGAUAGAUACGAAAUUCAGUUCAGCUGUAGAGUAGACUGGGCCAUGGGUGCGCUAAGGGAUCACCAACCUUUCUUCACCUGGCAAAGGGGCUGUUGCCUACAGGGUAAAAUUCGCUCAUGGCAGUGAAUAGCUGAAUCUUUCAUUUUGGAAGUUCAGAAAGGCUCAGAGCCUUCUCAGAGAUCACAUGGCUGAGCUAGAGAGAUGGUUCAGGGGCUACAGAACCUAGUUUCAUUCCCAGCACCCUCACCAGGCAGCUCACGACCACCUUUAACUACAGGAAUCUGACGCCCUCCUUCCAGACUCCACAGCUACCCACACAGGUGCACAGACCCAUACACAAACACACAUCUUUAUAUGAUUUUGAAAUAAUUUUUAUUUGUUUGUCUUAAAGAUCACACAGUUGGUAAAUGACACAUCUAAUUUGAACUCAGCUCUGUCCACCUCUGCUCCAUCCUCUUGAAAAACACACUAACAUUUCAGUGUCUUUGAUAGGGCAGAACCUAGAGAACUGGGUUUGAGGAUCAUGACAUUUCUUAGUACUCAUAGAUAAGGGUAACAAGCCUUGUCUUGGCUUCUGUUCUCCCCAGUUCUUGCCUCUCCAAGGUGCUCUGGGGAUGUUCAGCUAACCUUUCUCUUUCUCUGUGUCUGUCUGUCUGUCUGUCUGCCUGCCUGCCUGUGUCUGUGGGUCUCUGCUUCUCCUGUGGAGGAAGGUUCUCUUUUCUCUGUCCUCUGGCUGUGUGUUCUCUGGCCCUUACCUUCUGUUUGUCCAUCUGCCUCUCUCUGUGCCUGCCCUGAUUUCUCUCCAGGACCAUCCAGUGGACAUGGGUGGGGCCCUGGGGCCCGCCCUGCUGCUCACUUCACUCCUUGGUGCCUGGGCAGGGCUGGGUGCAGGGCAGGGAGAAAAGGCAGUGACGGUGGCAGUGGUGUUUGGCAGCUCCGGGCCACUGCAGGCCCAGGCCCGGACUCGUCUCACCUCUCAGAACUUCCUGGACCUGCCUCUGGAGAUCCAGCCACUCACAGUUGGGGUCAACAACACCAACCCCAGCAGCAUCCUCACCGAAAUCUGCGGGAUUCUGGGUGCUGCCCGGGUCCACGGCAUCGUCUUUGAGGACAACGUGGACACCGAGGCUGUGGCCCAGCUACUGGACUUCGUCUCCUCACAGACCCACGUGCCUAUCCUGAGCAUCAGCGGAGGCUCUGCCGUGGUCCUCACCCCCAAGGAGCCAGGCUCCGCCUUCCUGCAGCUGGGCGUGUCCCUGGAGCAGCAGCUGCAGGUGCUCUUCAAGGUGCUGGAGGAAUACGACUGGAGCGCCUUCGCCGUCAUCACCAGCCUGCACCCGGGCCACGCGCUCUUCCUCGAGGGCGUGCGCGCCGUCGCCGACGCCAGCUACCUGAGCUGGCAGCUGCUGGACGUGCUCACGCUGGAGCUGGGCCCGGGCGGGACGCGAGCGCGCACUCAGCGCCUGCUGCGCCAGGUCGACGCGCCGGUGCUGGUGGCCUACUGCUCCCGCGAGGAGGCUGAGGUGCUGUUCGCUGAGGCUGCGCAGGCCGGCCUGGUGGGACCCGGUCACGUGUGGCUGGUGCCUAACCUGGCGCUGGGUAGCACCGACGCGCCCCCUGCCGCCUUCCCGGUGGGCCUCAUCAGCGUGGUCACCGAGAGCUGGCGCCUCAGCUUACGCCAGAAGGUCCGUGACGGUGUGGCCAUUCUGGCCCUCGGUGCCCACAGCUACCGACGCCAGUACGGCACCCUGCCAGCCCCGGCUGGAGAUUGCCGAAGUCACCCUGGACCCGUCAGCCCUGCCAGGAAGGCCUUCUACAGGCACCUACUGAAUGUCACCUGGGAGGGCCGAGACUUCUCCUUCAGCCCUGGUGGGUACCUGGUCCAGCCCACCAUGGUUGUGAUCGCCCUCAACCGGCACCGCCUCUGGGAGAUGGUGGGGCGCUGGGAUCAUGGAGUCCUCUACAUGAAGUAUCCAGUCUGGCCUCGCUACAGCACUUCUCUGCAGCCUGUGGUAGACAGCCGGCACCUGACGGUGGCCACACUGGAAGAACGGCCCUUUGUCAUCGUGGAGAGUCCUGACCCUGGCACAGGUGGCUGUGUGCCCAACACUGUGCCCUGCCGUCGACAGAGCAACCACACCUUCAGUGGGGAUGCAGCCCCCUACACCAAGCUCUGCUGCAAGGGCUUCUGCAUCGACAUCCUCAAAAGGCUGGCCAAGGUGGUCAAGUUCUCCUACGACCUGUACCUGGUGACCAACGGCAAGCACGGCAAGAGGGUACGAGGAGUGUGGAACGGCAUGAUCGGGGAGGUAUACUACAAGCGGGCAGAUAUGGCCAUCGGCUCCCUCACCAUCAAUGAGGAGCGCUCUGAGAUUAUAGACUUCUCUGUGCCUUUUGUGGAGACCGGCAUUAGUGUGAUGGUGGCUAGAAGCAAUGGAACUGUCUCUCCCUCAGCUUUUCUGGAACCCUACAGCCCUGCCGUGUGGGUGAUGAUGUUUGUCAUGUGCCUCACGGUGGUCGCCAUCACUGUCUUCAUGUUCGAGUACUUCAGCCCUGUCAGCUACAACCAGAACCUCACCAAGGGCAAGAAAUCCGGCGGCCCAUCCUUUACCAUUGGCAAGUCCGUGUGGUUGCUGUGGGCACUGGUCUUCAACAACUCUGUCCCCAUCGAGAACCCCCGGGGUACCACCAGCAAGAUCAUGGUCUUGGUGUGGGCGUUCUUUGCUGUCAUCUUCCUUGCCAGCUACACGGCUAAUCUGGCGGCCUUCAUGAUCCAGGAGCAGUACAUCGACACUGUGUCGGGCCUUAGUGACAAGAAGUUUCAGCGGCCUCAAGAUCAAUACCCACCCUUCCGUUUCGGCACGGUGCCCAACGGCAGCACAGAGAGGAACAUUCGUAGCAACUACCGUGACAUGCACACCCACAUGGUCAAGUUCAACCAGCGCUCGGUGGAGGACGCUCUCACAAGCCUGAAGAUGGGGAAGCUGGAUGCCUUCAUCUAUGAUGCUGCUGUUCUCAACUACAUGGCGGGCAAGGACGAAGGCUGCAAGCUGGUCACCAUUGGGUCUGGCAAAGUCUUUGCCACCACUGGCUAUGGCAUUGCCAUGCAGAAAGACUCCCACUGGAAGCGGGCCAUAGACCUGGCACUCCUGCAGUUCCUGGGAGACGGGGAGACGCAGAAGCUGGAGACUGUGUGGCUCUCGGGGAUCUGCCAGAAUGAGAAAAAUGAGGUGAUGAGCAGCAAGCUGGACAUCGACAACAUGGCCGGGGUCUUCUACAUGCUGCUGGUGGCCAUGGGGCUGGCCCUGCUCGUCUUUGCCUGGGAGCACCUGGUCUACUGGAAACUUCGCCACUCGGUGCCCAGCUCAUCCCAGCUGGACUUCCUGCUGGCUUUCAGCAGGGGCAUCUACAGCUGCUUCAACGGGGUGCAGAGCCUCCCCAGCCCCGCGCGGUCGCCCAGCCCGGACCUGACAGCAGACUCAGCCCAGGCAAAUGUGCUGAAGAUGCUGCAGGCGGCUCGAGACAUGGUGAGCACGGCAGACGUGAGCAGCUCCCUAGACCGCGCCACUCGCACCAUCGAGAACUGGGGCAGCAACCGCCGCGCACCCGCUCCCACCAGCGCAGGCCCGCGGUCGUCCACCCCGGGGCCUCCGGGACAACCGAAUCCCAGCUGCUGGGGGCCUCCCGGUGGGGGCCGCACCCCGCUAGUGCGCAGGGUCCCGCAGCCCCCGGGUCGCCCCGCGCUGUGCGGGCCGCCUCUGCCCGACGUCUCUCGAGCAUCCUGCAGGCACACUUGGGAUGCGCGGUGGCCGGUGAGUGUCGGGCACCCGGGGCGGCACCUCUCAGCCUCAGAGCGGCGCGCGCUCCCGGAGCGCCCCCUGUUGUCCGCGCACUGCCACUACAGCUCCUUCCCUCGAGCGGAGAGGUCCGGGCGCCCCUUCCUCCCGCUCUUCCCGGAGCCCCCGGAGCCUGACGAACGGCCACUGCUCGGGCCAGAACAGCUGGCUCAGCGGGAGGCUCUGCUGCGCGCGGCCUGGGCGCGGGGCCCGCGUCCUCGCCAUGCUUCCCUGCCCAGCUCGGUGGCAGAAGCCUUCACUCGAUCCAGUCUGCUGCCUGCGAGGUGCACCGGUCACGCCUGCGCCUGCCCAUGCCCCCAGAGCCGGCCAUCCUGCAGGCACUUGGUUCAGUCACAGUCAAUGCGGCUGCCGUCCUACCGGGAGGCUUGUGUGGAGCGAGUACCAGCAGGGGUGGCCACCUGGCAGCCCAGACAGCUCGUCUGUAUGCACGCCCACAGCCACCUGCCAUUCUGUUGGGGGACUGUCUGCCGUCACCCUCUACCCUGUGCCAGCCGCAGCCCCUGGCUCGUUGGAGCCUGGGAUCCUCCGUCACACAGAGGCAGGACCCUGGGGCUAGGCACGGGCUACAGGGACAGUGGGGUGCCGGGAGAGGUCUGCAGGGAAGCCUGUGGGACACAAGGGUUUUCAAGAUCCCGCACCUGGAGGCGGAUCUCCAGCCUGGAAUCAGAAGUGUGAGGUCCUGGCUGCUCUGGCUCCUGCUGGACUGGAUUCUGUGGCUGGCCUUGGCCAGGUUUGGGAGGCAGGCAAGCUUGGGCUCCUCUGACUUCUGCUUUGAAAUCCUGGCCAUGGGACCCCCGUGAAGAUGACGUCUUCCGUGGCAGGCUUAGCAGGCUUAGGGCCUGGUGUGGACACCGGGAUCUUGCUCAUCAUAAGAAGUCUUGCAGUCACAGGGAGUAGAAAACGGGUGAGCCAGUUCCUAGUUGUGGUUGCUGUGGCCUUGGGGACACGGAAAUUGGAAAUGGGGCUGAGAUGGGGCCAUCCCACUUCUUGCUCCAAUAGGUUGGAAUCUUUUCAUUGGAGCACUGGGACAUUAAAGCAACAUUUUACA